AUGGUGCCGUCGUCGCUCUCAACAGAAGGGCCUAGGGUUAAGUAUACCGAGGAGGAGGUGUUUGGCAAGAGUGUUCUACUUGGGUUGGGGUACUACAGCAGAAGUGAACAUAUAACGAUUUGCAAUGCUCCUCCGUAUUCUCCUUGUCCUGUUUUAGUCAGCCUUUAUGCUGCCAUGGGCCUUCAUGGUUACAAUUUGCUCCAGGGGAAAAAAUUGAAGUUUAGUCGUGUGCUUGAGUACAGCAAAACCAGGGGUCCUCCUGCAGCUUCCACUUACCGCAUGGCCUUGGAUGCCAUAGAUCCAUGUCUGAAUUUGGUUCGAAUUUUUGAGACUUGUGUGUCUGAACUAACUUAUGGCCAAUUCUCUUUGAGGUGCAAUUUUGUUAUACCCCAUGGGGAGACCAGGAAAAUCUAUAACAUUGGAGACGAAGUCACGAGUAGCAGGGAAGCGGCGAGGGAAUACAAUCUCAGUGGUUGCAUGCCUGUGAUGCCGCCACUGGAUCCUUUCCAAGAUACUAACCGUUUUUACUUGCUGAACAAGUCGGAGGUGGAAGAGAAUGAGUGGGUUCGUAUGUAUCUGGAUCUUGCAUUUGCCGCAACUCAUAGGGCCACCUCUAAAAGUCCUGAUCUCUCCAAGCUCAAGAUUGUCCAAGUUGCUGUCUCUAUUGAUACUAGUGAUGAGGAGGGACCUGGACCUGGACUUUGUCGCCCCACUAAUGCAGUUUUCUACAUAAGGCACAUGGACCGGAGCAAGGCUCGGGUUAAGAAGAAGGAUGUUGAUCGCAUUGCUAUCGUCAGAAGAAUCUACAAUCACCGGACCGGAUGCUUCAGUCUCGUCGGUCAGAUCCUCAGCUCUCAAACUAUACCAAAACCAAUAACUGAUGAGAUUCCGAGUCUCCAGAGCUCGCAAACUAUACCUAAACCUAAGGAUGAUUAG